AUGGUGAAUAUGCUUUGUUCACUAAACAUUUUUAUCAUCUUUUUGUUGAUUAGUGGAAUUAAUUCAAUUUUAAUUGUGAAAAAUGUAACAGUUCCUAGUGAUUUUCUUAGAGAAGCAUUUUUAAAUGAAGUUCGAAGUAAUGGCGAAUUUGUUGAAAUUCGAGCAGAAAAUCUGAAUCAAUAUGAUUCGAAAGAGUGUUUUCAAAGUUUGAAAGAGUUGACCAAAGUUGGCAGUUCUCAAGGUGUUCGAUUUUUCGAUUCCUGGGGUAAAAUUCCAUCAGGAAUAAAAAGUUUUAACCUUUAUGAUGUUGGACUUUUUGAUCAGUGCAUUGAAACUUCAGUUCCACUAUCGGAUUUAUCGAUUGAUGAAGUAUCUGGUCAAUUUUGUUUUGCUGAAUUGCCUCUGACCAAUGCAACUUUAAUGAAUGAUGAAGUUAAAAGUUUUUUGAAGGCAAAUAUUGGAAUAUGUGUACCAAAUAGUUGCAGCCCUGAAAUUAUAACUGACAUAUUGAAGAAAUCUUUGCUUACAUCUACAAAUGGAAUUCUUUCGGAUGUUACGGUUACUCAAUGUACAGAUGGAAAGAGGCCACCUUUGAAGGUCAUUCAUGUUAUUGGAAUAAUUGUGUUUUCAAUGGUUCUAGCCUUGAUGGUAGCAAGUACUGGUUAUGAGUUUUAUAUCAAUAAUACUAGCAAACAACCAGUACCAGUUUUACUAGCAUUUUCAGUAUUAACAAAUGGAAGGAAACUAUUUGCCAUCAAUACUACCAAAUCACCAAAUAGUAUUGAUUGUUUAACGGGCUUAAGAGUUUUAUCAAUGCUUUGGAUUAUUGAUCAUCACACUCAUUUGAUUACUAGUUUUGUUCCAGCAAUUAACCAAAUUAUGUAUCAAACAUACACUACUGAUUCAUUAUGGGCAAUGCAUUGUUUGAAUGCAGCCAUUGCUGUCGAUACAUUUUUCUUUAUGGCUGGACUUUUAAUAGCUUGGGCCGGAUUUAGAGAAUUGGAUAAAACAAAUGGCAAAUUGAAUAUUGUCAUGAUGUACGUUCAUCGUUAUAUUCGACUGACGCCUGCCGUAGCCGCUGUAUUAUUGUUCAAUUACAGUUUGAAUGAGUAUUUCUACACAGGGCCUUUCAGAGAGUCGAUGCUUGCGAAAAACAAAUGUGAUAGCAGUAAUUGGUGGCCAAUUCUGCUUUACAUUCAAAAUUAUAUCGUUAAACCAAACAAUUGUUUAGACGAAACUUGGUAUUUAGCUGUUGAUUUUCACCUUUACCUAAUCUCUCCACUUCUGCUGAUCAUGAUGUGGAAAUAUGGCAAGAAAUUCGCAGCGGUUUUAAUAGUUCUUGGCUUGUCUUCAAUUACAUACGUUAUUGCUGCCUUCAUCAAAGAAGGCUUUACUGGUCUUAUUAUAGGAAUGAACAAGGGUGAAUGGACUUUAACUAAUAUUCCAACACACGCCAGAAUUGCAGCUUGGCUAGUUGGAUUUGCGCUGGGUUACUUUAUGCAUGUUAAUCGACAGAAAACAUUCCAAAUGCCAAAGCUUCUUCAAAUAAUCGCAUGGAUUGUCAGUUUUAGUACAAUGUUGUUGAUUGUUUUUGGACCAUACUUUAUUAUGAACGACGAAGGCCGUUCCACCAAUCUUAUAGCUGCAUUAAUUGAAGGCUUUAAACGUGUUUUAUGGGCAACAGCUUUAGCGUGGAUAACAUUUGCAUGUCAUUAUGGUUUUGGAGGUGUUGUGAAUUCAUUCCUUUCACAUCCACUUUGGCAACCAUUGGCACGUUUAUCUUAUUGUUUGUUCUUGAUUCAUAUGACUGUCAUGAGAAUUAACUCGGGAUCAGUUCGAACUCAAAUUUAUGCUUCGGAAUUUGUUUAUAUUCUUAGUUUUUGGAGUGCUUUUGGAAUAUCUUUGUUUUAUGCAAUUUUCUUAUCUUUGGGAUUUGAAGCACCAAUUUUGGUAUUGGAGAAAUUCAUAUUUCAUAAAGAGAAACCCGAUGCUGAAAAGAAGGAAAAAUAAAUUAUGGAG